CUCCGGUGCAGCAUUCAUAUAUAAGUUGUAGCCGAGGAACUUGUUGACGAAAAAGUAGAUAAUCCAAUCUUGUUGGUUUUUGCUUCUUUUCACCUGAGCAUUUUCUUGUUGCUGCACAGCUUGAGAGUGUCCAUGAGUGCGCCCCGGUCUUGUCUCCACUGCCCGUCUCCUGGGCAACCGUAUUUGUAUACAACAACCCUGAAUCUGUAUCAUCGCGACUUGCAUAACGGCCAAACACCUUUGAGUUAAAAACAUGACCACGGAACAUUUGCUAUGGAUUGGGGGUCUCGAAAAGGCAGGAAAUGGAGAACUGAUCCCCGUCGAGAACCCAGCGACAGGCGAGAUCGUUGCCCACUGUCACUCCGCGUCCAAGGAGGACGUCGUUUCCGCCGUUGAGCUCGCCCACGACACCUACAAAUCCGGCGUCUGGUCUCGUGCUCCCCGUCAUGUCCGCGCGGAGGUCCUCGAACGAGCCGCCAGCCUCUUCGAAACCCACCUUGCCGCCCUCAUUGACAUCGAAGUCACGCAAACUGGUCGAGCAAUCCGCGAGAUGAACGCCCAAGUCCCCUCCCUUGUGAAAUGGUUCCGGUACUACGCCGCCUUGCUCCGUACCGAAGAACGCUCCGUACUUCCUACCGUCGGCAAACUACACAACUUCCUCGAUCGUCGACCGCUGGGUGUAGUCGUCCAAAUUACUCCCUUCAAUCAUCCCCUCCUGAUUGCUGUCAAGAAGCUUGCUCCAGCCUUGGCGGCAGGUAACUCGGUGCUACUGAAGCCGAGCGAGUUGACACCCAUCACAUCACUGAUGCUGGGAAAGAUCAUGAAAGAGGCGGGUCUGCCGGACGGAGUCCUGAGCGUACUGCCCGGGUACGGUGCUACUACUGGGAAGGCACUUGUUGAACAUCCGCUUGUAAAGAAGGUGGAUGUUACGGGCGGAACAGCAGCGGGACGGGCCAUCGGUGAGAUCGUAGGGAGAAAUCUGGCCAAGUAUACGGCCGAAUUGGGUGGGAAAGCGCCACUAGUGGUUUUCCAGGAUGCCGACUUGGACGCAGCUGUCAACGGCAUCGCUUUUGGAGCUUUUAUUGCGAGUGGGCAGACGUGCGUGGCCGCUACGAGGAUCAUCGUUCACGAAUCGAUCUACAGUGAAGUGCUUCAGAAAUUGACAACCAGAGCUACUUCCAUCGAACGGCGGAUGGGCUCACCAAAAAAUCCCGAGUGUAUGAUGGGUCCACUGAUCUCGGAGCGGCAGCUGAAGAAUGUGGAGGAGCUAGUGGAUGAGGCGUGCCUAUAUCACGAGCGAAUCGUACAAGCAGGCGGGAACAGACUGGAGGGGCGAAGUGAACUCGACGAUACAGACUUCUCCAAGGGCUACUACUUCCCACCUACCAUACUUGCAUACAAUAAGCCAAAAGAUAGGAGCAUACUCAACGCAAGGAUCUGGCGCGAGGAGGCAUUUGGCCCGGUUGUUGUGGUGGUCGGAUUUAGUACUGAAGAGGAAGCCAUUGAGCUCGCCAAUGACAGUGAGUUUGGACUUGGAGCAGCGAUAUGGACGCGCGAUCUGGCGCAAGCUUUCCGUGUGUCUGAGCAGAUCGACGCAGGUAUUGUCUGGGUCAACACUCACCAUCGCAACGAUCCCAGCAGUCCUUGGGGAGGAGCCAAAAGCUCAAGUGGUGUAGGAAGCGAAAACGGGAUCGAUGCGUACCAUGCAUAUACUAAGACCAAGAGCACGAUAAUCAACUAUGCUUCUGCGGAAGAGAUGGCAGCGGAAGACUGGUUCAAGGAGGGCGCAGGGACUGUGAGAUAUGGCUGAGAUCGGCUAACUGGCACUUCAGAUUCCUUCGGGUCUGCCUUUUUCACUUUUUCUCAGAAUACCAAAUACUCACAACGAAGUCCCGGCCAACUUGUCUGAAUCACACAUACAAGCAAACAAAGCUCACAGGCACGGAGUUAUACAUUUAAAACCCUCCUUACCCUCAUGCUUCCAUCCAUCUGAACCAGUGAAGAUGUCAUAGAACUGUAAAGAUUGGAAUAUAGAACAAAGAGGGGUCAGACUAAAUACAAGAUUCAUCCCAAAGUCGCCAUUCG